GAUGUCGCAGGGGACGACUCCCUGGGGGCCGACCCCAGCAGGGCCGACCCCGGUGGGAACCACGCCCGAAUCGGAGAGAGACACUGAAUUCCAAGAGCAUGAAAAGAUUCUGUCUCCGGAUUUUCUUUCAGUUGCCCAAAUCACUGAUUUGUUAAUGGAGGACGUCGAUGGAGUUCAAGAAAAACUGGGAACAUUUUUGAAUUUCAAAAACCUUGGAACUUGUUUAAAGGAUGCCAUUCUACUAGAUUAUUAUGUAUCUGGAUUUUUGUGGGCUAGAGGAAUGGAUUUUUCUAUUAUUCAAUAUUCAAAAUUUAUGACUUUACUAGCUAUGUUACUUCAAAAUCUUAAAACACUACAUAUGUCCUUAGAGGAAAGCAUUAAAUGGCUUGGAGAAGUUAUGGCUGAAAUAGGACCAACACAUUCGCAAAAAAGUGAGGACUGGAAUAUCUUUGAAGUAAAACAAGCCAAUGCUAUCAUUGAUUACUUAAAAAUCAGCUUAUUUCAACACUACAAGCUAUAUGAGUUUAUGUUCUACUCUGCCAGGGAAGAAAUUGUGAUAGGAACUGAGUCUUUUCUAGGAUGUCCAGACAUACUUGCCUAAAGUAAACUGUAUCAGGUUCAGCAACCCACAUUUGAAAGUGGGCAUUUUCAAAUCAAAAUGUUUUCAAAGGAAAAUAACCUGGAUUUUCCAAGACUAGAGGCCUCUGAAAAAGAAAAGAUUCAGAGUGGAUAUAACUGUCUUCAAAUCUAAAGGACUAGCAAGAUAAAGAAGAGAUUUGUCUUGUCUGCAUAACUCCCAGAUGGCAAACCAAAGAACGUUGGAUCUUCUAGGAAGGAUUUUUACUAAAUAAAUGCAAUCACUUUCUAAAUAUAGAAGUAGCUAGAAAUGGAAGGGAUGAGAUGUGGGAGGGCAGAGGCUCAGGCCUUCCUCAGUUUUAUACUACCAACUCUCAGCACAGGUCCUGGCAGACAGGCAGCACUUUAAGUUUUAUGGAAUGAAUUGAGAGGUAAUAGGUUACAUCUUCAUUGAAUAUAUUUCAAGUUUAGCAAUAUGGCUUUUGUUGAAUGAUAUUUUCUGAAGUUGUUUAAAGCACUAGAAGGGAAAUUAAACUAGAUGAUCUAUGAGUAUGUGACCAUCAAACCCAGAUUUUUCUAGGAUUUUUUAGGACUUUCAAUUUAAACUAUUUUGUCCUAUUCUUCACAUGGGUAUACUUCCAAAUGUUCUUCUCAUUAGUAAAGUCCAAAAUUUAUGAUCAGCCAGUCUUACUCUGGGUACCAAUUACUAAUAGAAUGGCAAAGUGGAUUCCUUUCUAUGGGCUGGAAAUCGUGUAGGAUUGCUUACAGUUGGAGUGGAUAAAUGCAGUUGUUUAUAACUAAAAGUCAUUUACCAUAAAUAUAUAGCUGGCUCUAUCUUGUGAAUGCAGACUUACAUGUUAAUAAAUAUAAUCAAUGUAAGUCAACCAAGACUCUAGGGUUAUAUAUUUUUAUUGAUCACUUUUUUUAAAAAAGAAGAUUCUGAUCACAGUUCUAUAGUAUUGGGCCACAUACCAAUGUUUUCAUAGUGUUCAAGUUGGCUUAUGAGGCCACUCUUUAGGCUUGGUGAGUGUUUGACAGAUGGCUGAGAAUAUACAAGCAGAUAUGCAUUGUGCAUGAAAGCACACAAGUGAAGAGUCAAUUAAGAAAGAAUAAACAUGCUUAGAAAGAGGCCACCUGAUUGGUAUUCUGACUACAGAAUUGAGAAACUUUCUAUGCAAAUUAUGCAGCUGCAUCAGCACCACUGACAUUAUAGGAGUGAAGAGGAGAAAAAAAAAUAACAGGAAAAAAAAACAACAACAAAGUUCUCUGUGGCAAAAUAGUUCUGUGCUUGAUCAAGGAAACAAUAUAAGGGGAGAUGUGGUAGAGGGAAGUUGCUUUUUCUUCUAUUUGCCUGAACCACUAGUGACCACAGCAGAAGUGGCAAGUUUAACUGAUGAAUAUGGAGUUUCAUAGCUCCCAGAGCACUGACUUUGGACUAAGAAGAAUUUAGAUGGGAGACGCAACCUACUUUCCCUUAUUUCAAGAUUUGUGUGCCUGGUACAUACAGUAUCGUGUAAAUGUAGAAAAACUUGUGAGGAGACACACACACACACACACACGCACACUCUAAACAGCGGGAGCACCAAAGAGGUAGAUCAUCCAUUAUUCAAGGAAUUUUUUUCGUCCCUAUUCAAUACACAGUAACUUAAAUAAUGAGGGACUUUCAUAUAAAAAAUAAAGUAUUUUA